AUGCUUAAUAAUGAUAUAUUAGUGCAAUUUCAUUCAAUUAUCAAUAACAUUGAUACUCAAUUGAAACAAUUGCAUUUAAAACAGAUAAUAGAUGGUACACUUGUACUACCUUUGACUGUUUAUCGUGAACAAACACAGUGGGAUGCAACUGAGUUAGAAAAACUUCAUAUAAAUAUUGGUGAUCUUAAAUCGAUGAAUACAUUUUUAUCGACAACAGUUGAUUAUGAUGUAGCCACUAUUUAUGCUACUGGUGAUAAUAGACAUACAUCUGUACUAUUUCAAAUCACAGUAAACAAAAUGGAUACAAUAAAUGACAAACAAUGUCAAACAUUUGCCGAUAUUAGUCAAUAUAGUGCAAUAACAGAUGAAAAUGAAAUUCUUUUUAAACUUAUAAAAAGAUUUUUUGCUGAUUUAACACAAUUAUUUGUUAUUAAAGUUUAUAAGAAAGGAGGUCUAAUAAAAGAACUUAUCGAUAAAGACUCUAAUUUACAAGCACUUGCUAUACAGACUAACGCUAAUGCUACUUAUUCGAUCAAUGCAUCAUCAUCAUCUAUUUGUCUUCUAUUCGAUUUACUCAAUAGUUUUCUUUAUCAUCCAGACAAGAAAAAACCACAAGAAUAA